AUGGCGGAUCUCUCUCAGCCGCUUCUCUUGCCGACAGAGGAAACUAAAUGGAUCCACUCCCCAGAAUCCGGCAGAAAAGAAACAAAAGCUAAAUUCGUUCCCGACGGUGGUGAUAUCCCUCCGAUCAACGGCGCACGUGAUUUCAACAGAGAGUUCUAUGUUGAAUUCAAGAAGCUCUGGUAUCUAGCAGCUCCGGCGGUGUUCACCUUCAUUUGCCAAUACUCUUUCGGCGCCAUCACUCAACUCUUCGCCGGUCAAGUCAGUACCAUCGCCCUCGCCGCCGUCUCUAUCGAAAACUCCGUUAUCGCCGGCUUUUCCUUCGGCGUCAUGCUGGGAAUGGGAAGCGCGUUGGAGACGCUAUGCGGGCAGGCGUACGGGGCCGGGCAGCUGGAUAUGAUGGGAGUGUACAUGCAAAGAUCGUGGGUCAUCCUUCUUUCAACGGCCGUGAUUCUAACUCCGGUUUACAUAUUUUCGGCGGCGCUUCUGAAGCUGAUUGGACAGACGGCGGAGAUAUCGGAGGCGGCCGGAAUGCUGUCGAUAUGGAUGAUCCCUCAGCUUUAUGCGUACGCGCUGAACUUUCCGGUCUCCAGAUUCCUGCAGGCGCAGAGCAAGAUGAUGGCCAUGUCCGUCAUAUCAGCCGUGGCUUUGGUACUGCACACGUUCUUUACUUGGCUGCUGAUGGUGAAGCUGGGGUGGGGAUUGGCGGGUGGUGCGGUGGUGCUGAACGCGUCGUGGUGGCUGAUUGUGGUGGCUCAGAUUGUUUAUAUAUUAAGUGGAAGCUGUGGGCGAGCCUGGUCCGGUUUCUCGUGGAGAGCGUUUCAAAGUCUCUCGGGAUUCGUCAGACUAUCUCUCGCAUCCGCGGUUAUGCUCUGUUUGGAGACAUGGUACUUUAUGGCUCUUAUACUGUUCGCAGGAUAUUUAAAGAAUGCAGAAGUUUCCAUCAAUGCCCUUUCUAUAUGCACGAACAUCUUGGGAUGGACGAUGAUGGUGGCUUUUGGAAUAAAUGCAGCCAUAAGCGUUCGAGUGUCGAAUGAAUUGGGAGCAGGACAUCCGAGAACAGCGAGAUUUUCAUUGAUAGUGGCAGUGAUAUCGUCGUUUGUUCUUGGUCUCAUUAUGGCUGCUGUUUUGGUUAUCACAAAGAACGAUUAUCCAUUCAUAUUUUCGAGCGAUUCAGCUGUGAGACAAAUUGUGAAGGACCUAACUCUUUGGCUUGGUUUCUGCAUUAUGGUCAACAAUGUGCAGCCGGUUCUAUCCGGAGUGGCCGUUGGAGCUGGGUGGCAGGCUGCCGUGGCUUAUGUGAAUGUGGGCUGUUAUUAUGCGUUUGGGGUUCCUUUGGGCCUGCUAAUGGGCUUCAUGCUCGAUUGGGGUGUUACAGGAAUAUGGUCUGGGAUGAUUGGCGGAACCAUAUUACAGACUUGCAUUUUAAUAUGGAUGGUUCACAGAACAAACUGGGACACAGAGGCAUCUGUUGCCGAGGAUAGAAUAAGAAAAUGGGGAGGACCCUCUAUUUCCGAAUAGAAUCACUUCGAAAGGCACACGAUAAGUUAUAUGCAGUAAGCCGUUGUUGUUGUUGUUUCUUUAUUCCAGGCUUAACCUGAGAGUGGGUGCUGCACAAUCGACAAAUCUACCGUCUAGCGCGAUUGGCGAUUGUGACAGAUAGAGUUUGUGGAUGUGAGA